ACACUCCAGUCCAGUGGGUGGCGGUAAGGCACCAUAUGUUUGUUUGACAACCACCAUUACACCACAGAGGAAGGUUAGUUGGUUUUUCCUCUGGUGUUUUGUCGUGGUACUGGCUUAAUACAAACGGUGAGAAAUGUACUUUUAGUAUAUAGAAAGAUACAAAUUUUGAAUCAGGUCAGUACUCUCGAUCUCAAAGACGGUAGUAAGUUUUCAAACAAGCAGGAAUAUCUGGAGGAGUAUCAACUGAACUGAGAUCUGCUGCUGUGAAGAUGGUGUUUGUUAAAGAGGAGAGUGAGGAGGACAUGAGUGAACCAGAACCCUGGAGAAUAAAACACGAGGAACAAGGAGUCCUGAUGAAAGUGAAAGAGGAAAGAGAAGAUCUGAAUGAAGUGGAGGAGAAACAUCAGUAUCACAAAGCUUGUGAUGUCACCGCUGGAGAAAAACCAUUGAAUUCCUUCAAAACGGAAAACAGCAGCAUUCAAAUAACAGAAGUCAAAGGGCCUUUCAUCUGCUCUCAGUGUGGAAACACUUUCAAACAGAAAAGAAGUCUUAUGAAUCACAUGUUAAUUCAUAGUGGGAAAAAGCCUUUCACCUGUUCUCAGUGUGGAAACACUUUCAAACAGAAAAGAAGCCUUAACAAUCACAUGUUAGUUCAUGCUGGAGUAAAGCCUUUCUCCUGCCCUCAUUGUGGAAAGUGUUUUACACAGAAAAGACAACUUAAUGAGCAUUUGCCAAUUCACACUUCAGAAAAGCCUUUCAAAUGCUCUCAGUGUGGAAACUCUUUCACACGUAAAGAAAAUCUUAAGAAACACAUGUUGAUUCAUGCUGGAAUAAAGCCUUUCAUCUGUCCGCAGUGUGGUAAGGGUUUCACACAGAAACCACACCUUAAUGAUCAUAUGGUUACUCACACUUCAGAAAAGCCUUGUACCUGCCCUCAGUGUGGAAAGUCUUUCACUCGUAAAGGAUACCUUAAGACUCACAUGUUAAUACAUACUAGAAAAAAGCCUUUUAUCUGCUCUCUGUGUGGAAACUCUUUCAUAUGUAAAGGAAUCCUGAAGAAGCACAUGUUAAUUCAUGCUGGAAUAAAGCCUUUCACCUGCUCCCAGUGUGGAAAGAGUUUUACUCAGAGAAAACAACUUAAUGAGCAUGUGCUAUUUCACAGUGAAACACUUGUUUUGCCAUCAUUACUGAAGAACCACCAGAACGUUCAUAAAACUGAGAAGCCGUAUGCUUUCUAGGAGAUUUCUAAGGGUUGACUCUUUAAAAAGGCACCAGAACAUAAUACAUGAGAGCAUGAAAAACUCGUGUGCUUUGUAGGGAUGGACAUUGCUAAGGUUUUACUGCUGUUACUGAUACUGCUCAGUCGAUCUAUUACUUUAACAGUAUUCUUAUUGGUUAUUUUUGUUAUAUAAAAACAAAAUCGAAUCCUUAAUUCUUAAAUCGAUAAUAAAUCGAAAUAUCUUCGAUAUUUUCUCUCUCUCUCAAAACUAUAAAAUAUGUUCAUUUGUUGUCAUUUUGUGGCAAUUUUCUGUUCACUAUACAUGACUUAAUAAAAGAACUGUGAGAACUGUGAGAUUUAUGCUCAAAUGUAACACAUUCCUACACAAAUAAAUGUAAUGCACAAAAAAUAUUCAAAACUUGAGAUGUAGGCAAUCCAGCAAUGAUUAUGUCAGAGAUCAAAUUUGAAUAAGGAAUAACAAAUUUAUUAAUUAAAAAAUAUAGAGGCAAACAAAUUAAGUAUUAAUAAAUUCUAGAGUAUUGUAUCUAACAGAUGAAGAUAAUGAAAUGAGAGGUAGGAGAGAAGAAGCAGAAGAUGCUGAAGAGAUGCGAGAAGCAAAAAGAGCAAAGAAAAAUCAAAGAAAAGCUGAACUAUCAAAGACACAGCCCAUUUUAUACCAUAAGCAUAGGAAAACUUGCAUCCCACUCAAACUUAUGUUUUGGUCAAAUAAGAAAAGGUCAAACAGACUUAUCCAUUAUGUCAUAGUUGGUGUAACAGCUAGGUCAGAGUGACUGGUCAAAUGUCAGAGAUGUUUGGUGUUGUUUUGACACCCUUAAGGGAAUUUUGCAGAUCUUGCAUUAUCACAUGCAAAUGAAACAGACAUAUUUUUAUACAAAGGUACAAGAUCAAAUGAGUAACUAAUUCUGAAAACAUCCACCAUGUAGGCCCCACAUGGGUUUGCCUGGAUGAAUUGAUUAAAUGAACGCUGAAUCAGUGUUGGAAUUAAUUACCAUAAUUCAGUGAUUAAUUGAGUAAUAAUUGAGCAUUGGUGAUAAACCCCUUCUGCUAACAAGAAGAAUCACUCAAGGAAAAAGGAACAACAAGAACAGAGAAAAAGAGGAGAUGAGCAGAAACACAACUACAACUGACUUUCAGCCAUAGCCUUAAUCAACUGGAUAUUAGAAACACAUAAUCUGCUGCGAACUUAAGAGAUUUAAAGUCUUCUUUUAUUUACAGUUGAUUUUAACACUAUACAAGAUUCUAUUUAAUUGUGCAAAAAAAAAAAAAAAAAAAAAUGAUGAAAAU